UGUCUCAUUCGCAUCACUGAUCGAAACCACCCCUACACAAAACCCUAAUCUGGUUCGUCACCUACCUAUAUACGCAGCCGAGCAUCCAGCUCCUAAACCUUCGCUCCUCAGACCUAUCAAACUCCUCCUCCUUCCGGAUCUUCCAGGCACUUCUAAGAGAUGGGUGAAGAAGUUAAGUGUGCAGUGGUUCCGGAGUCAGUGUUGAAGAAGCAGAAAAGGAAUGAGGAAUGGGCUCUUGCAAAGAAGCAAGAUCUUGAAGCUGCAAAGAAGAAGAAUGCCGAGAAUAGGAAGUUGAUCUUCAACAGAGCAAAGCAGUACUCGAAGGAGUAUGAGGAGCAGGGUAAGGAUUUGAUUCGAUUGAAGCGUGAGGCAAGGUUGAAGGGGGGAUUCUAUGUCAGCCCGGAAGCCAAGCUGCUGUUUAUUGUCAGAAUCCGUGGGAUCAAUGCAAUGGACCCAAAGACGAGAAAAAUUCUGCAGCUUCUGCGAUUGAGACAGAUAUUUAAUGGUGUCUUUUUGAAAGUCAACAAAGCCACCGUGAAUAUGUUGCAUAGGGUUGAGCCUUACGUGACCUAUGGGUAUCCAAAUCUGAAAAGCGUUAAAGAGUUGAUUUACAAGAGAGGCUAUGGGAAACUAAACAAGCAGAGGACUGCUUUGACUGACAAUUGUAUCGUUGAACAGGCUUUGGGUAAGUACGGAAUCAUUUGUGUUGAAGAUCUGAUCCAUGAGAUCAUGACUGUCGGACCCCACUUUAAGGAAGCAAACAACUUUUUGUGGCCCUUCAAGCUUAAGGCACCACUCGGUGGUCUGAAAAAGAAGAGGAAUCACUAUGUAGAAGGCGGCGAUGCUGGGAAUCGCGAAGACUACAUCAAUGAGCUCAUCAGGAGGAUGAACUAGCUGGGGUUUUCUGCGGUAUCUGAUUUUCUUCAAACUUAAUUUUUGUAGUUGCUCUCUGUUGUUGUUUUGAGAUGAUAGUAAUUCUGUUCCUUAGUUUGGAUAAAGAUAGUUGCCGUUGUGGUGUUAAAUCUAUGCUAUUUAUCCUGGGAUUCAAAAUAUUUUUCAGCAUGUUCUUUGAAA